UAUCCGAAUACGAUUGCCAGCAAAAAGGUUGGCGAGAAGAAGAUGACGUGCUUCUCUUCAGCAACUCCUCAUCGCCAUCAUCUUCUUCUUCCUCCCUCAACUUCCAAAUCCCCACUCCGAUUUCCUUCAUCUCAUCUCAAACCUAUCCCCAAUCUUCUCUUCCAUGGCUCAUCUCGCUCUCUCCUCUCCUGUUCAGACGGCAGCAACAACGGACCUCCUCCCUCCGGCGACGCCGUUCCUAAUAACUUCUGUAUCAUUGAAGGAUCAGAGACAGUCCAAGAUUUCGUGCAGAUGCAGCUUCAGGAAAUCCAAGAUAACAUAAGGAGUAGACGCAAUAAGAUCUUUCUCCUCAUGGAAGAAGUGAGGAGGUUAAGAGUGCAGCAACGGCUAAAGAGUGUUCAAUCCAUUAAUGAGUAUAGUGAGCUUGAGGUUACCGAGAUGCCCGAGAUCCCAUCUUCCAUUCCCUUUCUCCCCAAUGUGACACCAAAGACUUUGAAGCAACUCUACUUGACCAGCGUCGCAUUGAUAUCAGGAAUAAUCUUCUUUGGUGGUCUGAUUGCACCUAAUCUGGAACUAAAGGUAGGACUUGGAGGAACCUCUUAUGAAGAUUUUAUAAGGAGCUUGCAUCUACCCUUGCAAUUAAGCCAGGUAGAUCCUAUUGUGGCAUCUUUUUCUGGCGGGGCCGUGGGAGUCAUUUCAACCUUGAUGCUAAUCGAAGUUAACAAUGUUAAACAACAAGAGAAGAAGAGGUGCAAGUACUGCCUUGGGACUGGAUACCUGCCAUGUGCUCGAUGUUCAGCUAGUGGUGUGUGCUUAAGCAUUGAUCCCAUAACUAAACCUAGAGCUUCAAACCGGCUUCUGCAAGUCGCGACAACAAAAAGGUGUCUAAAUUGUUCCGGCGCAGGAAAGGUGAUGUGUCCUACAUGUCUUUGCACCGGGAUGGUUACAGCAAGCGAGCAUGACCCACGCUUUGACCCUUUCGAUUAGAAAAAAAUGACCUCUCCUUUGCAAUUUAGGGUGUUUUUCAAUGUACAUUUGUCCUGGAAAAGGCUAACGCCAAGACUCUGAACUGAGGAGAGCCAAACCUCUGUCAUAUAAAUGUUUUACACAUAAUAAAAGAAAAUUAGAAUAUAUAA